AUGGGCGAGUGUGAACCACUUCCAGUGGGUGGAUUCAAAUGGAUGACUGAAAAAGAGAUCGAAAACUGGGAAAACAUUCCUUACAUCCUUGAGGUGGUCAUGGAGUACCCUGAGGAACUUCACGAUCUUCACAAUAAUUAUCCUCUGGCUCCUGAGAGUGUCACGGUUAACAGAGUGGAAAAGCUGAUUCCAAAUCCCAAUCACAAUGAGAAGUAUGUCAUUCAUCAUCGAAAUUUGAAGCCGUGUCUCGCGCUUGGAAUGGAGUUUAAAAAGAUUCAUCGUGGGAUCCGAUUUGAUGAGAAGCCAUGGUUGAAAAUUUAUGUUGAGAAAAACAAGGAUCUAAGGAAAGGAGCGAAGACCAGCUUCGAAAAGUAUUUGUUCAAGUUGAUGAACAACUCCGUCUUCGGGAAGACGAUGGAGAACAUCAGGAAACAAGUCGAUGUGAAGUUCGUUAAUAAUAGGAAGUCCGCAGAAACGUUAUCAGCGAGACCGAAUUUCAGGCAUUUGACGAUAUUCGAUGAAAACUUGGUCGCCGUCCACAUGAAACGAAGGAAGCUGGUCUUCAACAAACCGGUCUAUUGUGGAAUGUGUAUCUUAGAACUCAGCAAGACGUUGAUGGACGAUUUUCAUCACGACAACGUCAAACCAAAGUAUGCAUCCAGGGCAAAAUUAAUAUUCACGGACACCGAGAGUCUGAUGUACGAGAUUGAAACUGAAGAUGUUCAUGAAGACAUCAAGUCAGACGUUCAAUAUAAGUUUGACACGAGCGAUUUUCCAGCAGAUCAUCCGAGUGGGAUUCAAAGAUGCAACAAGAAAGUCAUUGGAACGAUGAAAGACGAGGCUGCAGGGACGAUCAUUGAAGAGUUCGUCGGAUUGAGAGCUAAAUUGUACAGAUGCACACUGGAACAGAAGAGAAGAAGUGCAAAGGAGUAA